UUUUGAGCUUUUAAAUUCAGAGUUUCAUUGUUUAUUUCCUUCUGACAGUCAGGGCAGGUCAACAGGAGCAAGAUGACGACAUACACAGAUAAAGGCGAAAAGCAUGAGCAGGGCAAGUUCCUCUGCUUUGAUCACCUCACGUUCUGGGUUGGAAAUGCAAAACAGGCUGCAUCGUAUUACUGUAACAAGCUGGGAUUUGAGUCUCUGGCCUACAAGGGUUUGGAGACAGGCUGUCGGGAUGUGGUGUCCCAUGCAGUCAAACAAGGAAAGAUCGUUUACGUGUUCUCAUCUGCCCUCAACCCUGGAAACAAAGAGAUGGGAGAGCAUUUAGUCAAACACGGUGAUGGAGUGAAGGAUGUUGCAUUUACAGUGCAGGACUGUGACUUCCUUGUGCAGAAAGCCAGAGAGCGAGGUGCAAUUAUCGUGAAGGAGCCUUACACCCUGGAGGAUAAGCAUGGUAAAGUCAGACUGGCCGUGCUCCAAACGUAUGGUGACACCACACACACGUUUGUGGAGAGGAGCGGAUACACCGGGUUGUUCCUGCCAGGCUUCCAGCCCUCUAUGUUCAAGGAUCCUUCACUGGCCAAACUACCAAGUGGAAAACUGAACUUCAUCGAUCACGUUGUGGGAAACCAACCGGAUAAUGAGAUGGUCCCAGUGGUGGAUUGGUAUCAAAGAAACCUUCUGUUUCACCGCUUCUGGUCAGUGGAUGACAAGCAGCUUCAGACAGAGUUCAGCGCCCUGCGCUCCAUUGUUGUGGCGAACUACGAGGAGACUGUGAAGAUGCCAAUCAACGAGCCUGCCAUGGGGAAGAGAAAGUCUCAGAUCCAGGAGUAUGUGGAGUACUAUGGAGGUCCAGGCGUGCAGCAUAUAGCCAUGAACACGUCAGAUAUCAUCACUGCGAUUCGUAACCUAAAGGAGCGUGGGAUGGAGUUUAUGUUCGUGCCAGACACGUACUACAAACAGCUGAGAGAGAACCUGAAACAAUCAAAGGUCAAAGUCUCAGAGGACCUGGAUGUCCUGCAGGAGCUGAGGAUCUUGGUGGACUUUGACGAAAACGGCUACUUACUUCAGAUCUUCACCAAGCCAGUUCAGGAUCGGCCCACUGUGUUCUUGGAGGUCAUUCAGAGACACAACCACCAGGGCUUUGGUGCAGGAAACUUCAAGUCUCUGUUUGAAGCCAUCGAAGCGGACCAGAAUGCAAGAGGAAAUCUGACGAUCCUGACACCAAACGGAGUUUCAAAGAACAUCUGAUCCUAGUUGUAUUAAAGUAGACAUUUCAGUUUCAAUGUCUAUUUACUACAGUAUGAGAGGCCAUUUUUUGUUUAGGGUCCUGUACUUUAGUAUUAAACUAGUAUUGUGCAAUAAUGAACAAAGCAUGUUUUUAUGACUUGCAUAUUUUAUUAUGAUAACAUAAUAACAUUUAUUUUACAUGUGAUAAGCAUGUGUCAAAAAGUAUUUCAUUAUAAUCUCUCUGGAUUUUCAUGAAAGAUCAACUAAUUGUAACUUUAUCACCAUGUAAGGCUUUCUUUUUAUCAAAUGUUAACAAGGAAAUCCAUAUAAGCUUGACUCAAGCAAAACACAAUUAAGCUCUCAUAAAUGAAAACAAGUAAUUUUACAGAUUGUUAUCAUUUUGGCAAUAACUUUAAAAGUAAUUUCAAUGUAACAGAAGAGCUAUGCAUAAUAGGAGCGCCCAUUUUCCCCUUAAUGUUGCAAGAGGAAACAUUUGCAAUGUGUGAAACCGUGGUUGUGAUGUGUUCAUAAACUGUGAUGUACAAACAAA